AAUGACUUCAAUACGCUCUUCCGUUCGGCCAAAGUCUAGCAAACAGGCCUGGGGCACGAUUCUCGAGCCAGAAUUUGGUUUAGGCUUCCAGAAAAUGACUGAUUACGAAAUUGAUCAAACCGUUUCGAGACUAAAUAAACUUCCUGAUCAAAAGAAGAGGAUAGACGAAAGAAAGGAACAAAAAGAAAUGAAUAGUACAGAAAUAAGUGAUAUGGUAGAAAGACUUUCCAAAAUAGAUAAGGAUAAAGUAACAGACUCUCGAAGAACUCAAAAAGAUUCUGACUAUAAGAAAAUGGGAAUCGUUCAUUCCUAUGCCUGGAAAGGAUACAACUGA